AUGGCGGACCCCCACGCAGACACAGAGCCAGACACAGACACCGGAGAGGAGAACUUGAUCGAGGAGAGUGUCUCAAACUCAAAUGAUGGAGGCCAGAGUGCCAAAGCCAUCCCACUAAGAAAAGCUACGGCCAGACAAAUUGCUAAAGAACUGUUCUUGCUCUCCACUAGCCUGGGCAUCCCAAAGGAGAUCCUGACCGACCAAGGAACCCCCUUCAUGUCCCGAGUGAUGAAGGAGCUCUGCACCCUACUGAAAAUCAAACAGCUAAGGACGUCGGUCUACCACCCUCAGACAGAUGGGCUAGUGGAACGCUUUAACAAAACCCUGAAAGCCAUGCUGCGGAAGGCGAUUGGAGAGGACGGACGCAACUGGGAUCAGCUGAUCCCAUACCUCAUGUUUGCCGUAAGAGAAGUACCCCAGUCUUCCACUGGUUUUUCACCUUUUGAGCUUCUGCUUUCCUACAGACCCAGAGGUCUGCUCGACAUCGCCAAAGAGGCUUGGGAGGAACAACCCUGCAGACAACGGACCUUGAUAGAGCACGUCGGGGCAAUGAAGGAGAGGAUGAAGGUCAUCUACCCCAUAGUGCGUGAACAUAUGGAGGCUGCUCAACGUCAACAACAAGCUGCCUACAACCGACCUUCCCAACCCAGAGAAUUCAAGCCUGGGGACCGAGUGCUGGUUCUGGUUCCGACAGUUGAAUGUAAGUUCUUGGCAACCUGGCAGGGUCCAUACGAGGUCAUUGAAAGAGUGGGACAGGUAAAUUACAAGGUGAGACAACCCGACAAAAGAAAACAUGAACAGAUUUACCAUGUUAAUUUACUAAAAAAGUGGCAUGCCAGAGAGGCCCUGUUGAGUUGUCUGCCCCCUACAGAGUCCAUGGAACCAGCAAGAGAAGAAGUUCAAGUGGGUCCGGGCCUAUCUCCACAUCAACGACAGAUGACCCUGGAGCUGGUGGAUCGCAACCGGGACGUCUUCUCCUCCCUCCCUGGACACACAGAGGUGGUCCAACAUCAAAUCCGAACCAUGCCUGGCCGGACAAUAACACAGCGACCGUAUCGUGUCCCAGAAGCUCGGAAAGCAGUCAUUGAGGAGGAGGUAAAGAAAAUGCUGGAAUUGGGGGUCAUUGAGGAAUCCAAAAGCGCAUGGGCAAGUCCAAUCGUACUGGUCCCGAAACCAGACGGGUCGGUGAGAUUCUGUAACGAUUAUAGAAAACUAAAUGCAGUGUCUGAGUUCGAUGCAUACCCAAUGGCCCGUGUUGAUGAUAUGGUAGAUGCUCUAGGACAGGCCCGCUUCCUAACGACUCUGGACCUCACAAAAGGCUACUGGCAGGUACCCCUGACUCCAGCGUCCAAGGAGAAGACGGCCUUUGCAACACCAGGGGGACUCUACCAGUACACCCGACUUCCCUUCGGUCUCCAUGGGGCCCCAGCUACUUUCCAGCGCUUGAUGGAUCGGGUCCUCACCCCACAUAAAAGGUAUGCGGCAGCAUUUCUAGACGAUGUUGUUAUCCAAAGUCCUGAUUGGGAUAGCCACUUACCCCGUGUGCAAGCUGUGCUCGACUCUCUCAGGGAUGCAGGUCUGACGGCGAACCCAAAAAAGUGUAAGCUGGCAUUCAGUGAGACUAACUACCUGGGGUACACCAUUGGUCGUGGACUGGUCAAGCCACAGGAAGCCAAGCUGCGGGCCAUACAGGAUUGGCCACAGCCCAUCACCAAGAGGCAGGUGAGAGCAUUUUUGGGCCUAGCCGGCUACUAGAGACGCUUCAUCUCAAAUUUUGCUUCUAUAGCUGCACCCCUCACAGAACUGACCACUAAACGCCACUCAAGAAUGGUGAGAUGGAACCCUGCGGCGGAGGCGGCCUUCAUCAGCUUGAAGGAAGCCCUGUGUUCCAGUCCGGUCCUGGUGGCGCCGGAUUUCAAAAAAGAAUUUAUUGUCCAGACAGAUGCUUCUGAGGUGGGUCUGGGGGCUGUACUUGCCCAAGUACAUGGAGGUGAGGAACAUCCCAUUCUCUAUCUAAGCAGGAAAUUGCUGCCAAGGGAAAAAAAUUACUCUACUGUGGAAAAGGAAUGCCUCGCUAUUACCUGGGCCCUGGAAUCUCUACGCUAUUAUCUCCUGGGCCGGCGUUUCACUGUUAUCUCUGAUCAUGCCCCUCUACAGUGGAUGGCCCGAAAUAAGGAAACUAACAGUAGAAUAACAAGAUGGUUCCUGAGUUUGCAGGCUUUUAAUUUUUCUGUCGCCCACAGAGCUGGCAAGCAGCACGGCAACGCUGAUGGCCUAUCCCGCCGGGAUGCCCUCUUCGCGUCCUUCAGCCCGACGAGGACGUCGAUCCCGAGGGGAGGGUUGUGUGACGUCACGAGAGGCUGCGUGCUGGAGGGACGCUACAUCCCCGUGAGAUGGCUUCAACCGCUGCCCUCUCUGUCUCCAUCUGGUGGCGGAAACCAGAUAUUGCACACCUCAACAGAGAGCACCACAGCUGCAAUCAAUGAGUGGACAACAGCUGAGCCUGAUGACUGUUUGAGCAGCUGAGCAGCUAGAGAGAGAGCUAGUAACUCACUCAGGAUCAGUCUGGAGUGGGGAAGCCAUGGCUGAGACUUCUCUCUCUGCCAAACUGAGCGGUGUCUUGAAAGCAGAGAACAUUGUGCGCCUUGACUUUGCCUGUGAUUGUGCUUAUCGGAGGAACGUGGACUGAACUUUCCCUUUCGGUGAGACCUUUUCCUGGAAUAAUUACCUGGAGAACAUUGAUUGAACUUUUACAUGGAUUACUUACCUGAAAACAUUACUUACCCAUGAACUGAAGCCAUCCUUUGUUUGAACUGACCGAGUGGUUGAAGAUUUUGCUUUGGAAGAAAAUACUCACCUGUUGAAGAGAGACUUUAUGUUUGAUCCUUACAAAAGAUAUCCUUAUUUGAACCUUUUGAACCCAGAGACUUUUUCUGUUAAUUGAAGUACAUUAAUAAAAAUCAUAAUUUUAUUUGAAACUUUGUGUCCUCGCACUUCUUGAACUGUCCCGCUGAGAGCUAAGCCUCU